AUGCAGAAUGGGAUAAAGUGGAUGAUUCGCCAAGGUCGACCUGACCUAGGCGCACGCUUGGAGCAUGCUCCCACUGCCAUCCAGUGGUUCAAGCAAACCCCAGCAAACUGGUUUGCUGAAGGACUCGAGAAGCUGAUAGAACGGUGGCAGAAGUGGUACUUUGGAAAUACCAAGCGAGCGGAAGCUGAGAAAAAGCUCCUCUUACCAGAGAAUGACCAUGGAGCCUUCCUCAUACGUGAUAGUGAAAGUAGACCCAAUGACUACUCUUUAUCUGUGAAAGAUGGUGAUACAGUGAAGCACUACAGGAUCAGGCAACUGGAUGGAGGAAAAUUAUUUAUUGGCAAAAGGAUUACUUUCAGAACUCUCAAAGAAUUGGUAGAUCAUUACUCCAAUGAUGCUGAUGGCCUAUGUGUAAAUUUGAGGAAGACUUGUGUUGAGGUAAGAUAUUCAGUCAUCAGAAGAAUGACCAAUGCUGAAGUUUUACAUCAAGUGGAACAUGGAUACAGAAUGCCUGCUCCAUCUGGAUGCCCUCCUACACUGUAUGAAAUCAUGCUUGAAUGCUGGCACAAGGAUCCUCUCUGCAGGCCUACUUUUGAAACGCUGCAAUGGAAACUGGAAGAGUUCUUCAAUCUUGAAGGAUCUGAAUAUAAAGAAGCAUCGCAAGAAUAUUGAGCUCAUUGUUCUUCCUGAAAGUGAUGACUUUUGAUUCCUUCAUUUUGUUCCACAAUAUUCGGUGUCUAUGUACAGACACAGGAUUUCAAUGCAUUUGAAGGAACUGAUGCCAAGUCACAGAUCAGAACUGGCCUCCUAGGAGGGCUUUUUGUGAAGGGAGAGUUUUGUUCUGGAAUGUGAUAGAUGCUUUAAGCCAGGGCUUCCCAACCCAGAGGUCGCGACCCCAUUUGGGGUCACCAAGGUCAUGUUUGGGUUCGCGAACCGGCAACUAAAUUCCAUGCAAUGUUUUUUCUUUGCGUUUUUAGCGCAUAAGUGAAGGAGCUUGUCGAACUUUUGGCAGUGCUUGGGGUCCCGAACGGUACGAUCGUGAUUUUUGGGGUCGCGCAUGAAAAGUUUUGGGAAGCCCUGCUUUAAGCACAUGCAGUUCAUGUUUCAUUCAAGUGGAGCC